AUGGGAAAACAGUAUAUAGCGACAGCCAAUGCCGGCCAGGCACAUGAUCUGGAUGUGGUAGGAGUUUCAGUAUGUCAUAAAUAUACUGUGACAGUAUCUAGUGAUGGUACAGCCAAAUUUUGGGAUAAUCAUCAAGUAGAUGCCCAUAACCCUAAGGAUUAUGUAGUGACUAAAUUUAUAAAUAAAACAGGAAUUCAUCAUGUAGAAUUAUAUGAAAAUGUAUUACCAGAUAGUGCUACUAAGAUUGUGAUAAUAGCAUUCUCAUGUUUUGAUGGUUCUGUAUCAUUAUACUAUUUCAUUAAUGAUGAUAUAUCAACUUGGACAAGUAUAAAUUGUGAUUAUUUCAAGAGUCGAUCAUGGGCUCCUGGAUUCUAUAAAGAUCCAGAAUCAAAGCAAGAUUACUUUUUGAUUACUCAAGCUAGUGGAAGUACAGGGGUUUACUAUUUAAAUAUUAAAUGUGGUGAAUCAGAUAUUGAUAUUGAUAUACAAUUAGAAAAGUUUGGGGAAUUGAAUGCUAACAAAUCCGCAUUUCCUAAUUCAUUAGCUAUAUGUCCAACUACUGAUAAAAAAGUGGCUGUAGGAUAUACUAAUGGAGAUGUUUAUAUAUAUGAUUUACAACUUUUAAAGCCAAUCUAUACAUUCCAUUCUACUGAUGUAGUGACAUCAUCCAAACCAUCAUCUUCAUCAAUUCCUCGAGUUUUACAAUUUUCUCCUGGUGGUUCAUUAUUAGCAGUAGCUCGUGAUAAUCAAUCAUCAGGAUCUAUUACAUUAUAUGAUGUAAAAUAUGGAGAAAAUGUUGGAACUUUAACUACUCCAUCACAUUCUACUAAGACAUCAGUAGGUGGAUUUGCUCAUAGUGGAUGGAUUAUGGGAUUAAGUUUUGAUGAAACUGGAGAGAAUUUAGCCAGUUGUGGAUUUGAUAAAUGUGUUAGAGUAUGGAAUCUUGAAACAAGAGAAAGAGAAGCCACUAUCACCAUCUCAGUUACUGAUCUUGAAGAUACUGAACAUGAUGAACAAUUUGAUAAGAGUAUUGCCAGUGGUGUUACAUUUAUUAAGAAAGGGAUUCGUUCUGGUACAGGUGGUGAUAAAAAUGAAGGUUUAUGUGUAGUAAGUUUCGAUAGAGGUGUUAGAUGGUAUAGAGAAGCCGGAGGUAUCUAG